ACCCCUGUUCAGAAGUGUUGUUUGUAACAUGUGACGAAGAGUAGUUAUGUAAACACCAAGAAACGGCAAACAGCGUGUGUUACUCAUUAUUUACGUUCCUUUUCUGACAAGUAAGUUAUUUCAUACAUUUUGGUUCUGUUUGUCUAUACACUCUGCAUAGCCUGGAUUGACCAAAAUGGAUGACAGCAAGAUGGUGGGCGGAAAGGUGAAGAAGCCCGGAAAACGGGGCCGCAAACCGGCCAAGAUUGACCUGAAGGCCAAGCUGGAGCGAAGUCGGCAGAGCGCACGGGAGUGCCGCGCCCGCAAGAAGCUGCGCUACCAGUACCUGGAGGAGCUCGUGUCCAGCAAGGAGAGGGCCAUCUGCGCCCUGCGCGAGGAGCUUGAGAUGUACAAGCAGUGGUGCUCUGCCAUGGACCAGGGCAAGAUUCCCUCUGAAAUCAAGGCUCUGCUCACAGGGGAUGAUCAGAAAACAUCUCACUGUGCAAACAAAUCGCCAAAAAAUGGGAAGAACCACACUGCCAGCAGUGAGCAGAGUAAGUCUGCCUGAGCGAGUUGGCUGCAGCGCAUACUGAAAGAGCCACGGCAUCAGACGA